GUGUGCCAUGAGCACUCGCACAGUGCAAGAUCCGGAUAAGCUAUCUUCCCCCUCUUUUGCGCCUUCCCGACUUCGCCUGGCCACGCGGCAACUUUGCACUCCUUUAACGUGCCUUGAGGGCAUACGAGAAAACUAUCCGCGGGUCAAUUAUUACUCCCACAUGAUAGAUCCCCGGCCUUGCAGCUGAUGAGCUCCGCGGCGCUGGUGGACAAUUCAAACGAAAACAAAUUCGCGAACCAUGCGAAGACAUCAUUGGCAAUUCUGUCACCCGAGAUUAGUUUCGGUACCUGCUCACUUGCUGUCUUUUCGUCCGAGUAAGGCUCAUGCCUGCCCAAGCCCAGGCAAAGCGCCGUUCCGCACCCCAGCCGGAGGAGAAGCCUGCAAAACGAACCCGAGUAUCACGAGCAUGUGACCAGUGCCGUGUCGCCCGUGAGAAGUGCGACGGAGUACAGCCAACGUGCUCCACUUGCUCAGGAACGUCAAGAGAAUGCUCGUACACCGCAAAUCCUAAGAAAAGAGGUAUCCAACCUGGCUACAUUCGCACUCUUGAGCUAGCACUUGCCUAUCUGUUCCAGCGAGAUUCCGAAAAUGAACAUUCUCUCCAUGAGAAGCUGGCGCAAGAAGGAGCAUCUUCGCUACUACUGGGUCGUGGUGACUCGAAAGAGGCAAACAAGUUGCACAGACGAUGGCGGAAAGCGAAAUUUUACACCGAUGUGGAUAAGCUACUAUCUGGAGGAGAACCUCCGCGUCAUGAACAAUCGACUGGAAUUUCACCUCACACCAGUGAUGACGAUUCUGGCGCAGAUGAGUCUGUAGCUGCUCAUGCUAGCCAUACCCAGGAUCGCAGCGCCUACCUACAGGAGCAUGUUGAGCAUGCAAAUCUCGAUCAGCUUAUGGCAGCAUCAUCUAAACCAAUAGUGGGAGACAGCUGGAAGCUUAUAGAGGUCUACUUCACCAACGUACAAUCCUGGCUUCCAAUCUGCGAAAAGCAUGACAUCUUAAAGACUGCCUACGACCACCCUGUGCAGGGCAUUCGAAGCAUAUCUGGUCAGCCUGGAUCUGGCUUGUUCGCUGAACUGUUGAGCGUGCUCGCGGUGGGAUCACUUUACGGAACAGCCAUGACGUGCAAUUCGUUGGAUUCUUCAUCAGCAAAGCCCAGGAAACUAUACGAGUACGCCAAGUCGCUCGUACCCAGUGAACUGGAUCGCUUCGAUAUUGGCUACAUCAAAGCACUUCUCAAUUUGGUCGUCUUUAACAUGUUGCGUUCACAGACUGGAGAUGCCUGGUUGCUUGUUGGAUGUGCCUCAAGGGUCCUUGAAAGUGUAGAUCAGGCGACGCUGAUGAGUAAUCCCAGAGGCAGGCAUGUUUAUUUUGGUUGCUUCCUGCUCGAUAGCAUGCUAGCACUUCAACUCAAACGGCGUCCGCAUUUCCGAAGAAGCGACUUGGUGCACCUCGGAACCAUUGAUGAAGAUGGCCUGGAAGAGUGGCAGCCAUGGUCUGGCUUUCAUGAUCCCUCACACGCAGGAAGACGAGCCCCGUUACUCUCUCUAAGCAUCUUCAACAGUCUUGUCGACCUCGUCGACGUACUCAUCAGCAUCGAGGAUACAGCAACAAAGUAUCUUUACAAAGAUGCGGUUGAGCAUCUCGAAAGAUGGAGAGCGCUGAUGCCUAUGAAACUAGCUCACAUAUGUUCCGACAAUACUUUCGCUAUCUUGACACCACCGGUCGCCUUACUGUUAACGACGUAUCAUUGCGCCUCUUUCGCUUGCACUCCGUCCGAUAGAAGCCUCCACCGGCUAUUGGAUGUGUUAGACCAUUGCUUCGAACAUGCUUCCUCUCAAUGCCUACCACCAGCGAUCCGGUGUCUGAUCGACGUUGUCAACAGGCAGGCAGCUUGUCUUGUCCUGCAUGACGUAUACCACAUGCGGCUGCAAAGACUACAGGAAAAGGUUAUAACCUAUUUUGACGUGCUGAAUCAUUUGCAAGUGCCGGAGAGCUCGGUCAUGCCUUACAGACAGCAUAUAAGCAAUGUCCAUAUGGCAACUCCAGAUCAAAGGCAGUCGAUGUAUUCAAACACAAGUCCUAUAACUCAGCCAGUGGCAGCCUCUCAACAUCCGGGCUCUACUCCUUCUCAAUUCGAUCCUCGUUGUCCGGAGCCCACCAGCGAUCUAGAGAGCUUUUUCGACGAAUUGGCGUCCCUGGACAGCACAACUAGGUCGGAUUCGCAACCACAAUUCAUGCAGAACCUAGGAUUCGGUCCAGAAGCGAGCAUGGCCGACUUGUUCAGCGAAUACACGCCCAUGCAGUCUUCGAAUUUCAUCCCUCGCAAUGACCCCGCGCCGACACAUUUGGAUCAAUACAACUUCUACGAUGCCAGCUGAGCUCAGCUGUCCAGCUGUGCGGUCAUACCGCCACAUAUUCUAGUCUUCCGUCCUCAAUGUCGUCUUGUUUUCCACCACUCGAUGUCGAACAUAUAUAACAUGUAGCGACAUUCAUACGACCGGUGGACUGUAUGGGCGAGGGAGUAAGACUUACUCAUCUAAGUCUCUGCACACAAAAUACUCUUCAAAGGAAACAUCAGACUCCCGUCCAUAUUCCUCAGGCGAGUAUGACGAA